AUGGCAUCGCAACAACAAGUCUGGCUGGUUACCGGCUGCAGCACCGGCUUUGGCCGUGAGAUUGUUCCCCAAAUUCUCGACCGCGGCGACAAAGUCAUCGCAACGGCUCGAAACAUUGAUUCAAUCAAAGAUUUGGAGGGCCUUGGGGCUGGAAUCUUGCAGCUUGAUGUCACAGCCAGCUUCGAGGACAUUCAGCAAAAGAUCGAUGAAGCCAUCACAAUCUACGGCCGAAUAGAUGUGCUCUUUGCCAAUGCUGGCUACGUUCAUUACGCACCCAUCGAAGAGGCCGACGCAUCAAGCGACAUCCUUCGCAACAUGUCUACCAAUACAUUUGGAGCCACGAACCUUCUCCGUGCCCUCAUGCCUCAAUGGCGAAAGCAGAAGUCCGGAUUCCUCCUCGUCAACAGCUCCUACAUGUCUUGGUGGUCAACACAUCCUGGUUGUGGCCCAUAUGCAGCGUCCAAGGCAGCGCUGGAUCGUCUGGUCACAACCUUCGCCAAAGAAGCCGAGCUUCAACAGCUGAAUAUCAAGACUCUCGUGGUCCACCCCGGUCACUUUCGAACUGAUGCGACGAAGCUCUCCAAGUACAAUUUCGAUCGUCCGACCACCAGCUACGCAGAGAUCAACGCUUUUAGCAGAGGUACUCUAGCAGCCAUGCACGGCCAGCAGCCUGGCGACGUAAAGAAGGCAUGCAAGGUCUUGAUUGAUCUCAUCAAGGGUGAAGGUGAUGUGGAAGGAAAGGAGAUAUCUCCAACAUUGCCGCUGGGGACUGAUGCGUGGGAGACGUGCGUUCAGGAGACUGAGAAGUACUUGGAGAUGCUCAAGGAUUGGGAGGGUGUCAUACGUUCGACAGAUAUAGUCUCUGGAUCGAGUGAAUGGGGAGCGCAAGUCACGGAAUGA